AUGUCAACUAUAUCAUCUCCGCGACCCUCCAUAACAUCUGCUCGAACUCCAACACCCCCUGGAUCACGGCGGCCAUCAAUUGAAAUCAGCAAUCUUACCGCCAGCAACGCCUCAACCCCAACUCCCCGUGCGGCCUCUCCGUCUCUCACGCACCGGAAAAACCGAGCUGCGUUACGGGAUUAUUAUAAUCUCCGACCUGUUCUCCCAGAUUCAUCUCAACCAAAUCAUUCACGACCCCGAAGCAUCGCUUCCACGAGUGGAAGUCAUUACGAUGCAUCAACUCAUCCAAUCUCUCCCUCAACACAGGUCGAACUUGACAGCCCUAACUUUGAUCCUUCUGCCUAUAUAUCCCGACUUCUCUCCACAUCCUCUCUCUCGACUAUUCUCAAGGCAGAAAACUCACUGAUUAGCGACAUUCGAACGCUGGACGGGGAACGAAAAGCUCUUGUAUACGACAAUUACUCGAAACUAAUAAAGGCCGUGGAAACUAUUGGGAAAAUGCGGGCUAGUAUCGAGGAGCGAGGUCAGCCUAUGGUUAUGACGAAAACACUAGCACCUGCUGUGGGAUUUGUGGUAGAGACUGCUGCGACGCUAAUUCGUCAGAAGGAGGAAUCUGUAUGGGAACGGGACGAUCAGAAGGAAGCGAGUAAAGGUGGGCCUUAUCUAGAAAAGGAAACGGUAAAAUGGGUUUUAAACUGCCCGAAAAGACUUAGGUGGCUUUUAGAUGAUGGGAAGGUAGAAGAGGCAGGGAGCGAUUGGAAGGAGGUGGAAUGGCUAUUGACGAAAUGGCAGGGGGUGAAGGGAGUUGAUGAAUUGAGAAAGGCAUCGGCGUCGUCGACUCGAUGCCAGUACUAUUGCAUGAGCGGUGUUGGUAAUAUGACUUCAGCUCAGGCUGCCAACGCCCGCCACGGCGUUGAUGUCGAAGCAAUUGUCUUCUCCAUCUUGAAGUUUUCGCAACUACACAAACGUACAUUGCGCAUCCCAAAACUUUGGGCAUGUCUCAUGAAGCAUUUCCAUUUGCAUGUCAUCAGUCAAUCCGGCUCAUGGAUAAGCCGGCAUUUCGCCAGCGCCCUUGAGUAA